AAGUCAGAUACCGUUGUCACAAAUGGCGGAUAUAACCGUCGCUUCAACUGUUUAAUCACUUGGUCCUCAUUUCAUCGGAUUUUAUCGUCGCUAAUUCUGUGCAUGUAUUAAGCUCUUGUGAUAAUGUAUCAUAUGAAAUCCCAUUUUCGAUCAAAUUGGGUCGUGAAUCGCCACAAUAUAGUGUCUUCGAUAUCGUCAAUGACAUCGGAAUCUGAAUUUGAGUAAUUUAGAAAGACAACGGCAUAUUGUAAUUACAGUGUCCGUUGUCCCGUAUCUCAUUUUGAUCGGUUAAAUUAAAGAUUUCAUUUCGACGGUAGAACAUUAUUAACUGUACAAUGAGUAUCAAGACACUUUGAUUGAUUGUUGUUCAAAAGGAAUUUAGUCUAGGUGCUCUAUUAAACAUACAAUUCAUGAAAAUCUAAUUGAAGCGACGGUUAUGUCCGCCAUUUGUGACUUUACCGUUGUCAGGCUAUUCCGGGGUGAAUUAGGAAGACGUUGAAAUUUGUACAGAACUACCUUAGCAGAUAAUUGAUUUUGACUACAGUUGCAAAAUUAAAAUUUCUAAACAUGCAGAACUACAUUUAAUCAAUAUCAAAAUUGAUAUCUUUGCCCUUUGGAUUCUGAAUAUUAAGACAGUUGUCCAAUCUCUUCUGACCUUGACCUGUCGAAACAUGAGAUUUCUAGAUCUUCAAAGUAAGUUGGACCGUGUUAUUAGAAUAGAAAACAUUUAUCAUUGGAAGGAGCCUAAUGGGAAAUAGCCCAAGAACAAUAGUAAAAGUUUAAGGUGAGAUACAUUAAGCACCAGAGGCUCACUAUGGCUGACGUUAAUUAGUAUAAGAAGAAGUAAAACAAAUAAUACUGAGGAGUAGCACGGGAGGGGUUGGACACAAUUAAUUUACUAAUACUGGAAGGAUUUCGAAACGCUACGAUUCUAUUGAAUGGAAGGGAUGAUUGAAAAAAACAUAAAUUAAUGUACAAUAAACCAUACAGCUGUAAAUACAUAGAUUGGUCCUUUGAUCUGAAAUGACCGGAACUACCCGAUGUAAAGUGAAGUAUAUAGCUGAAUGAAAAAAACGUACAUCUAUAUACACUUCGCCAAUUAUAAUCUGUACAAUGGAUCCCAAUGCAGUCCGCUUUGAUGACUUAUUGGUGAAGAUUGGAGGAUUUGGACGCUAUCAAAAGUUACUGAUUUUUGCUAUGGUGCUAUUUCUAAUGGGAAAUACUUGGCAGUAUUAUUUUACUAAUUUUGUAGUUGGCAAAAUGGACCAUUGGUGCAAACUACCUGACAUUCCAGAUGGAUUCAACGAAACUAUGAUUAAAGAGAUUAUGAUUCCAAAAACCCUGAAUGAAUUUGGGAAAGAAGUCUUUUCACAAUGUGAAAUGUAUGAUCAUAAUAUUACGGAUAUUUCCAGGAAUAUUAAUGCCCAUAUAUGGAAUAGAACCCAUAUUAUUUGGCCACAGAACGUGACGAGGGUCUCGUGCCAGUAUGGAUGGGAGUAUGACCAUUCAGAGUUUCAUUCAACAAUUGUCAGCCAGUAUGACCUUGUGUGCGAUAAUGAUUGGAUGUACACGCUACCCUCCACAUUCUUCAUCAUUGGUUUGUCAAUCGGCUCCUUUACUUCCGGAUUCAUUGCAGAUAGAUUUGGACGAAAAUUGACAAUCAUAUUAUUCACCAUAGUAAAAUUGAUAAGUAUUACCGGUGCAGCAUUUGCUCCAUAUUUUUGGAUGUUUUUAGCGCUUCGGUGCGUAGUAGGGGUUGCAACACUUGGUACAUACGUUACAUACUGGGUCCUCGUUUUUGAAGCCAUGCCACCAGGAUACCGAUCGCAUUUUUCUUGCUUUGCGGCACUAGGCAAAAUAUUAGAUAUAUCUCUGCCUGCUGUAGCCAAUUUUGUAAGGAAUCACAUAUAUUUGCAGUUAGUCUCAAUAGGAUUUGUCAUCCCAGGACUUAUAUGUAUCCUAUUCAUACCUGAAAGUCCACGAUGGUUACUUUCCCAAGAAAGGAUCGAUGACUUUCUAACUGUAGUUAGGAAAAUUGCAAGGUUCAACAAAUCCCCCGAUCUAGAAAAUCUAGGAAUUAUAAAGCCAAUGGUGAAGACAGAAAUAAAAACAACUGAAAUAAAAACAGCAGUUGGAACCAAAGUUAAACAAAAUGGCAUCUCGGUUCUUGAUUUGCUUCGUUUGCCCAAACUUCGGAAACGUACAUUGAGUAUAUGGUUUUUGUGGUUCUCAUACUGUUUUGCAUUGUUUGCAAUGUUGUUGAACAUUGGUACUCUAGUACCAGGGAACAUUUACUUAAACACUACAUUGGUAAUGUGUGUCGCAGAUAUCCCAUCAUUCAUUACGAUCUACUUUGCUUUAUUUAAGUUUAGCCGUAGAAACACCAUAGUCUUCUUUUUCUUACUGAAUGGACUUUGUUCUAUAAUUAUGAUACCUUUGCUAAAAACUGGUAUUCCUAUACUUGUGACGAUACUUGCUGUUAUAGGCACAGUCGCUUUAAAGACACUCUUGAACGUCUGCAACCUUUAUACAGGAGAGGUGUUUCCCACAUCAGCCCGGAAUGUAGGGUUUGGAAGUGCGUCAAGUAUUGGACGAAUUGGUGCUUUAAUAGCACCUCAAAUUCCUUUGUUGAAAACAUUCUGGUUUGGAUUACCAUAUAUUUUCCUAGCUAUCUUUCCCAUAGUUGCAGGGAUUCUUGCUUAUUUUUUGCCAGAAACAAAAGGAAAACAUCUUCCUGAGACAUUAGAAGAAGCAGAGAAGUUCGGCACUCAUGAAUACGACAAUGGUCCGACUGAUCCUGAAAAAUGUUCUUCGGAGGAAAUUCAUAAAGAGAAACUCUAACAUUACCAGUGUUAUUUUUAAGACUUUUUAAAUUUGAUUUUAUUGCAUUUUAUUACUCCCUCUGGCGAGAUCACAAACAGAAAUAUCAUAGCAUUUGUUUUCAGACGUUAAAUUCACACAUAUUGAACUAUAGUGUGCAACUUUGUUUAUGAAUAUUGCUCAGGUCAAAUGUAUCAGUUAUCUGUGUUUUAUAUAUGGAUUGCUUCAAUGCCCCUCAAUGUAAUUAACUGACCCUUAGGCAAAAUUCAACUUGUUUUAAGUUGUAAUUUAAUGAACAAAACACCAGUAAAAUUUAUUUCAACUUAUAUAUUGUAACUUCACUGCUAAUUAUUUUCUGUUUACUACAUUUUAUAAUGCAUCUAUAAAUAAAUGCAUGGAAUUUAGAUUAUGUGUUUACAAUUCUACUUUGUGGAGGGUUUGUCAAUUUAAAGAGAUGCUAAUGAGACUUCUCCGUGGCAUUUUCUCUUUAUUCCUUUUUGUUUUUAAUUUUUUACAUUAAAUAACAAAUCAAUAUGCAACUUUUCACAACGUAGAAUUUUAAAAUAUUAAGUAUGAAAAUUCCAUUUUAUAAUGGAGCUCAAUGGGGAAAACGACAUAAUUUGAAAUAUUUUCAAACAUAGCGGCGCGAUUUUCUUGAAAUUGACAGAUAUAAUAAAUAUUGGUAAGACGAAGUGUUUGAAGAAAAUGAAGAAAAUUCACCGUCCUGGUUACGCAAAAUAUAGAAAAAUGUGAAAUAAUCAUAAAAACCUGUAAAAAUAGAUUGAAGGGGGUGAUAUUCAUUUUAAAUGUGCCUUUCUCUACUACAGGGUAACCACAGUUUUGGUAAUGGUUUACUAAUUUUGAAAGCAUAUCUUCCAGUAUGUAUAUCAAGCACAAGUAAAACAAUAAUUGAGUUAUCAUUAAUUGGAAUGGUAUUAUUUUAUUCCUUAGGAAUGAUGACAAAAAAGAUCAUAUCACAUACUAGUUCUUCCCAUCAAAUCGAUCUAUCAUAAUGCAUAUUAAACAAUAUAGCAGUACAUCUUCAAAUUCAAGAAUUGUGCUAAAUAGUAAAAUAAUAAAUAAAUUGCUA